AUGAUUGACAUCCAAAUAAUCAAAGAAGGCAUCGGAGACACUCCUAGGUUGCAUGAGGAAGUUUACUGUAAUUUACACAUCCCUAAAUCUUAGUCUUUUUUAUUGCUCAUAAUCAUAAAGGAGAAUUACUCACCAACUCACAACACACUGCUACUAAAACCAUCAUUGGAAGAGGAUGGUUGUAACCUGAAGUUGAAGAAGCUCUUAGUAAAAUGAAGUAAGGGGAACGCAGUCUCAUUAAGAUUUAUCAUUCACCUGCUACCAAAGUAAUUCUAUUGUUAUUUAAGGAAUUUUAUGAUCAAUAUGAAAUCGAGAUUAUAAGAAUAGGCAGAAAGAAGAAUAACCCAUGGCAUCUAGAAGGAGAAGAAGUCUAUGAUAGAGCCUUAGAAUUAAAAGGAUUAGGAAAUGCUGAUAUCAAAUAAUAAAAAUAUCUAGAAGCCCAAAAUAAAUAUUUAGAAUCAUUAAAUUUAAUAAAAACAGAGUAUUGCGAUAGAGAAUUAGAAUUAUCAGGAUAAUUGAGAUCUAAUCUUUCCCUUACUCAUUUGAAAAAUAAAUAAUUCGAAUUAUGCAUCAAAUAGGCUUCUACGGUUUUAUAAGCAUAACCAGAAAAUGUUAAAUUGCUCCACAGAAGAGCUGUGGCCUCAAUUUAAGUAGAUGAGUUUGAUAGGGCUAAGUAAUUCAUAUUAAAAUUCUAGAUCUGACUUGAAAUUGGCCAAUCAAUUAGAUCCUUAAAAUGAGGAAGUGAUCAAAGAAUUACAGAGUAUAGGUGAAAAGGAGAAGUAGAUUAAGAAGAAAUAGUAGGAGAGAGCAAAGAAAAUGCUUUUUGGAGAAUGAAU